UGAACGGAGGCCUGGUCCGCUUUAGAACCAAAAACCCUAAUCGCCGUGACCAUUUUGGGGCGCACAUAUAAGCCACCGCCGCCUCGCAUCUCCUCCUCCGCCCCACGCAGCUGAGGCGUUGAUCCUCACCGGCGUCGCCAUCGUAAUCGCCUUGGACAGCGGCACCAGAACCUCUGCCUCCGCAGGGUGCUUGCUGGUAUCAUUACAAUCUGGUAGUUUUAGUGGUUGGGCUUGACUUCCUACUAUUCAGAAACACAGUACCGAGAAGUCUUUAGGUGGGGUCAAAGAUGGUGUCGCUGAAGUUGCAAAAGCGCCUUGCCGCGAGCUACCUCAAGUGUGGGAAAGGCAAGGUGUGGCUUGACCCAAAUGAAGUUAGUGAGAUCUCCAUGGCAAACUCCCGGGUCUAUGUUUUUGCAAUACUUACAGGCCAGAAUAUCCGGAAGUUGGUUAAGGAUGGGUUUAUCAUCAAGAAGCCUCAUAAGAUCCACUCUAGAUCCCGUGCAAGAAGGGCACAUGACGCCAAGCAAAAGGGACGCCACUCAGGAUAUGGUAAGCGUAGGGGUACCAGGGAGGCUAGGCUACCCACCAAGGUUCUGUGGAUGAGGAGGAUGCGUGUGCUGAGGCGCCUUCUCCGCAAGUAUCGUGAGGCCAAGAAGAUUGACAAGCACAUGUAUCAUGACAUGUACAUGAAGGUCAAAGGUAACGCCUUCAAGAACAAGAGGGUGCUUAUGGAGAGUAUCCACAAGUCCAAGGCUGAGAAGGCCAGAGAGAAGACACUUUCUGACCAGUUUGAGGCCAAGCGCGCCAAGAGCAAGGCGAGCCGUGAGAGGAAGAUCGCUAGGAGGGAGGAGAGGUUGGCCCAGGGUCCACGAGAAAUAACACCACCUGUCUCAUCCACAGCUCCAGCUACUGGGGCACCGAAGAAAGCAAAGAAGUGAAGUAUUGAAAUAAAGCUGUAGCUUUCUAGUCCAGUACUGCACUUUCUUUUAUAAGCUCUAGUCAAAUUUUGGAGCGCCUGAACUGUUUUGCUGUUAUAUAACUUAGUGUAUUGAUAAAUUCGACUAUCACAUCUGGAUUAUUCUGCUGGAUAAUGUCCGUGUCUUUGAUGUUUGUGUUAAAUUCCUAUUCUGGAUGA